CACUCGCGCCCAGCUGUUCCGGCUCCACCAGCAGGCAGAAUGUCCUCUUCGUGGCCGUGCACGCCUGCCGAGCUUGCCGACGUCGUGUGGGAGCGGCGGUGGAUCGCCCGCCCGGGGCUCAAAAGCAGCACACCUGGUGCCAGGGAUGCCUCGGUCGUGGUGCGCUACGUCAGCACCGCCAGCGCCUUUGUCGAUGUCCGCGUGGCCGAGAAACGGCAGCCCUGGCCAGCACAGGCGGUCGAUCCGAGCGAGGUGUCGGCCGCUGUGACCGACCGGGCGGCGGAGGCGUUUGCAGGGGUGUCCACGCUGGAGGACGGCGUGAUACGUUGGCACGCCAUCUUCAACCUGGAUGGCAGCGCGGGUGCAGACGGCUGGCGGGCCGCCGAGUCGGGCAAGCCUCUCCCGACGGAGGACGCAGGCACCAUGGAGUGUGGCUUGAGCACGCCGGAGGAGGAGGAACGCGUGUGGCUUGAGCACGCUUGGCCCGACGCCGCGCAGUACACCGAGGAGUGGGCGAAGCUCGACGGCGGGCCCUCGCUGGCGGCGCGGCGCGGCGACGGCGAGCUCCUCGUCGUCUGCGGCGACUGGUUCGGGUACGCGCGCGACACCCGCGACGCGGGCGGCAGCGUCUGCUUCGCGGCGGGGCGCGUGUCGACGGGCUGGCGCGUGGAGAGCUCGGCGGCGGGUCCGGAGGAGGGGCGGCGCCUCGUCUUGCUCGGCAAGGACGGGUGGUCGCCGCUGCCCGGCGCCACGCUGGCCACGCCGCUGCACGAGCUACUCGCGGGGCCGGACGAGGAGGUCGCGCCGGCCGCGGCCACACCGCUCGCGGCGGCGCCACCGGCGGAGCUGCGCACGGCGCGGCUGCUUCUGCGCCCGUUGCGGGCGGCACACGUCGACCCCGACUACGAGGCUGUGCUCGACGGGCUGACGCCGGAGGGGAGCCCGCUGCAGUCCGUCUUCGCGCGGCGCGACGCGUGGCCGUUCUUCGGGAUGACGCGCGAGGAGGACCUGUUCGACCUGCGCCGGCACGAGGCCGAGUUCGAUCUCCGCCUCGCCUUCGCGUACACGGUGCUCGACCCCGCCGACGAGGGCGUGGUGCGGGGCUGCUGCUACAUCAACCCGCCGACCAAGCGGGGCUUCGACGCCGAGUGCAUGCUGUGGAUCCGCCCCAGCGCCGCCGACCACGCCGGCCUCGACGCCGAGCUCGAGGCGGCGCUGCGUGGCUGGCUCGCGGGCGCUGCGUGGCCCGAGUUCGACCGGGUGGGCUUCCCCGGCCGCGAGCUCGCCGACGGCCCCAGCGGCGACCGCGCGCGGUGCUGGGAUUACUGGGAGGCCCUCCCCUUCACGACGGCGCGCUACCCUCGGAUCGCCGCCGACGCGAAGACGGCAGAGGCGGCGCGGCGCGACAAGGAGGCUGCGGACAGGAGGGCGGAGGAGGAGAAGGCGAGGCGGCGCGCAAAGGCGGCGGAGGCAACGGCGGCCAGGAAGGAGGCCAAGGCGAAGAACAAUAAGGCCAAGAAGGCGCCGUCCGCCUUGAAGCUCGAGGAGGAGCGGAGGGCGCGGGCUGCGGCAGAGCUGCGAGAGCAGGAGGAGAAGGCGGCGCGGCUGGCUGCUGAGCAGGAGGCGGCGAGGCGGGCGGAGCGGGAGGCGGCAGAGCUAGCGGGUGCGGCAGAGCAGGCGGCGCUGCGCGAGGAUGCGGAGCUAGCAGAGGCGCUGCGCCGGUCAGAGGUGGAUGCGGAGGAGGCGCUGGCGCGUCGGGUGUCGCGGUGCGAGGAGGCGGUGAGCAGCGAGUCGACCGGCGGCGGCGGGGACUUGCAGCGGCGUGUCGAGCGGCUGGAGGCGAGCCUCGGCGCGGCGACCGAGGGCAGCCUCGAGGAGCGGGUCGACGCCAUCGAGCGCUUGAUCGGGCCAGAGGCGGGAGAGGCGGCGGAGCAGCAUCUGCCUGUCACUGAGACGCUUGCAGCCGUCUCACUAGCGGACGCCGGCCUCGACACGGGGCGGCCGGCUGCCCCCGAGUCCACGAUGGGGGGAGAGACCACGUGCAUCGUGUGUUUCGCGAGAGUCAAGUCGCAUGCUGCGGUUCCGUGCGGGCACCUGUGCGCUUGCGGUCCAUGCUCUGAGCUGAUGCAAGAGUGCCCUUACUGCCGCGAGCCAGUGAUGCUAUGGAUGGUUCCGCGUCCGGUCUAG